ACCACGGAGAGGUAGAAUCGGAGCCGUUGCAUUGCUUGUUUCUGUACCUCAAAAGAGCUGGAUGGUCUCAGAAACAACAUGACCACCGCGCAGGAAACUUUGUGCACGCAAUUACAAUGGCGAGCGGGCUGACCGGAGCUCCAUUGCGCGUUGGCGAUGGCUUUAACUGGAUUUAUUUCGUCGAGCUUCUUGUCUGCGCAGUGCUGACCAUAUUCUUCCUCUUCUACUUCAAUCGGCUCUUUGGGACCAUCGUUUCCUACGCUAUACGAGCUUUCACCUGGCACAAAUACCAAGCGUACAUCGACAUACAGUCCCUACAGAUCUCCUUACUAGCGGGUCGCAUCUUCUUCAAGGACAUUCGUUACCACGCGCACAAUCAGACCAUUCUGGUACACGGUGGCUACAUCACCUGGCAAUACUGGUUGCGUACUGUUCAAGAUACGGAUGUCUUCGACCCCAGUCCACACAGAGGUGGCCGAGGCAGGUCUGCGAGUUCCAGUCGCGCAGGAAGCCAGAGUAGGAGCCGAAGCGUGGACAGGGAGGAGAAAGCAGGUAGCCAAGAAACGAAAAAGCUGCCAUACCGUAUCACUGUCAAGGUGUCCGGACUUGAAGCUUUUAUCUAUAAUCGCAGUCCGGUAUACGAUUCGAUACUGGCCAACAUAACAAAGAAACGCGAACAUGGUCAGACAGCAAAUGCCCCAAAAAGGUCGCAAGAAGACGAGAUGCUGUCUCAGUUUAUUUCCGAGACCUCGCGGGCCUCGCGGGAUCACCGUCCGGGUCAUGAAAAAGAGAUGUCGGGCUACCCCGCUGGCUAUGCGUCUCAUCCAGAAGAGGACAUUCUCAGGCAGCCGAAUCCCCCACCUUCGUUCUUAAGGUUAUUUCCUAUUCACGUCGAUUGUAAUAAGGGAGCCGUUGCUCUCGGCAACGAGAAUACAACCUCUGUCCUGACUGCACAGUUCGAGAAGGCGAGUGGAGAGUUUAGUGCUACCCACUCCGGUCCCCUUGAUGUUUAUCGGCAGCUCUUCAAUUUCGAAUUCAUACAUCCGGUCGUUCAUAUGCGCAAGAAUCAUGAUUUCAAAUCCCUUCAGCUCGCCACCGCAGCACGUUUGAAAAAGAACGCCGAGGAUGGAGAGUUAUCAGACAAGACCUUGAAUCCCCAUCAAGAAGACUCAAAACGGAAAUGGCGCCCAUGGAAUCCUUUUGCUACGCUUUGGAACACGUCGACCGAAUCUAUCAAGAUGAUCGCGAGCAAGCAUGGACAGUUCCAAGCAGGUCAGCCUUCCUUUCCCGGCCAGGAGCGCUGGCAAGGAUUAUCGAGAUAUGUACAUGAUAGCCAGAAUGAUGAGCAUGAUGAGUGGGAUGGAGUAGAAUAUGGUAAAACUUCCCUCAUCGCAGACGUCCCUCGGCUCCGAAUGAGCUUUUAUUGGGACGUACCUGGUCCUGUGUCAACGAAAACGGAUCCACCAGAUUCUGGGAUGUCUUCUGAGAAUAUUAAUGGAGAUUUACCUCCUGCGUACGGUAUGGACCUGCAAGUAUAUGGCGGUACGAUCAACUAUGGUCCCUGGGCCGACAGGCAGCGCAUCAAUCUGCAGAACAUAUUCUUUCCAGCCAAUCAUGUUGACGCCAUUCCAGCCACACCCCUCUCAAAGGGCCAGACUCGCGCUUCCACGAUAUUCAAACUUUUCAUCAGUAUCGAGCAGGAUACUACGAUACGCAUUCCUAUGCGUGAGGCUUCGAAAGAUUGGAAAUGGAAAGGCAAGGCCAGCGAUAUCCUCGGAGGCGACAAAAAUGACCACAAAGACACGCUUCGCUCUAGAAUACGACCUGGGCGCAAUAAAAAUGACAAAGGGGCCGGUGCUACUGUCCGACCUUUCGCUUGGCUUGACGUCAAGGUUCUGGGAAACACCACUGUCAAUUACGAUAUGGAUAUGUUUGCCCGGAAUGAUGGCUAUCGUAACCUUCUUGAUGUUGACUUCAGUGGUACUGAGAUCUCAUCAAGUGUGAAUCACGGCUUAUUGUGGAGGACAGGGCAAGUCACGGUCAGCUCGAACAUGUCGAACCCACUGGUAUGGAAUAAACUUCGGAAAUGGACGUUUGAAAUCAAAAUCAACGAUCUUGACCUCUUUAUUCUUCGAGAUCACCUAUUUUUGAUAACAGAUCUUAUAACAGAUUGGAGUUCUGGACCGCCACCUGACUACUUCACAUUCACCCCUAUGCAGUACCUUCUCACAAUUGACUUCAAUCGCUUCAAGAUGUACCUCAAUACCAAUGACUCAAACAUCGUCAACAACCCGUCGGAACUCGAGGAAAACAAUUUUGUCAUCCUGUUUGGCAGACAACUGCAUGGUGAAGUCACCAUCCCCCUAGACCGCUUUUGUCCUGCUCAAAGUGAAAUACCGUUCGACGUGAAAGGCCAAGAUCUUGGCUUGGAUCUCUCCAUGUCCCCACGCAAUACUCUGCACACAUUUGUGCGCUCGCCUCACGUGGCACGCUUGGGCAAUAUCAGGAUGCGUGGAAGCCACAGUUACUUUACCACAACUGCACCCAACCUUACUGAUAGAUUGCACUUUGAUAUAGACGGUUCCAACUUCUCUCUUACAUUAUAUGGAUUUCUCAUUCGGCAAUUGCUGGUCCUCAAAGAAAACUAUUUCGGUGAAGACCUACACUUUAAAACUCUGGAAGAGUAUCAGAGUCUGCAGCCAGGUGGCCUAGGCACUGGUGACCAGCCUGAAGAUCAAAACGGACGUCAUAAUAAAUCCAACGACUUGGAUGUCAUACUUUGCAUCACUGCGAGCGAAUGUAAUGCACUCUUACCGUCCAACAUCUACUCCGCAGACCAUGGCAUUCGAGUGGAUUUACCCUACGCAUCUGCCGAUCUUCGUUUCACCAAUUAUUACAUGGAUUUGGAGACGAACUUCAGUCCUCUGAGUGUAUCUCUUGGGAACAUACCUACGGAUCCCGAUGGGCCUGCAGAAAAUAGUGGCCAAACUGAAAUAUUCAUCGACUCUGCCAGUAUAGUCGGACACCGGCUCUUUGGUCUACCUCCGACUGAGCCGACUUACGUCUGCAACUGGGACUUCACCGUCGGUGAGACCAUAGGCGAAUGCUCAGUUGAGUUCCUCGAUGAGCUUGCUAGCAGUGCGCAAGGCUUUGCAUUUUCAUUAGACGAUUACGAGAAUGCUUUGCCAGUGCUUAAUCCCAUAGAACUCCAUGACGUCACAUUUCUGCGCCUUAAUACUUCGCUGAUACGAAUCUGGCUUCAUAUCGGGCAAGAAGCAUUGCUGAUUAGCUGUGAGCCAGUGAAACUCGAUUUCAACGAUUGGGCGGGAAAACAUUUCUCUCAACGCCUCAACGUACAAGUUCCCAAGUUAGUUAUCGCGUGUGCAGAUGCUAGCACAACCUCACGACAUCGCACUUCCGAUGGCCACCGUCAAAGUGUCAUGACGCAUGCAUACUUAGACACGUCGAUAUCUCUAAGCAUGGUCCGGCGCAAAUUGGGAUUCACAGCAGAUCGACAGCUUCAACAAGAUCAUAUUUACGAGCAUGACAAGCGUACGAAACGCACGGAUUUCCUGCUUAUUAACAACCAUGCUGAUUUGGCUCGGAGCAAGUCGAUAAACAACACUCAGACCCCUGCAUUGAUAUUCCCUCCAAUGCCUCUGCCUGUUGGCGUCCAGAUUGACUCCAUGUCCACGAGCAGCCUACGGACACCGACUCAGUAUGAGGCUUCUAUCAAGGGUAGCAUUCAGAUGCAGAGAAACAUGCCCACCGCUACCUUGUCUCGUUCAUCUACUGAGAACUUACCUGAUUGGCGCAAGCAACCAUCAACAACAACAAUGGUCUCUUCCAAAGGCGGUUGUUCAGACGACUGGGUGAGCUCGAUGACUACCGAUCAUCAGCUUGAGGGACAACCAUGGCUUCCUGCGUCCAUUGCAUUGACCAGUUCCUUGGCUCCACCAUACUUUCCGAUGCACCAAAUUGAACUCGACCUGGCUGACGUAGAUCCUCUACCUGUACUCGAAACCCAUCAUGCAAAUGAGACGCAAAUUUCAGGGAAGAUACAAACGCCCGAUGCCACGUAUGACUUGGACGAAGACAUGGUCCAUACCAGUUUCGUUGUUAGCACAGGCCAAGGGAUCCGCAUAUUCUGUACUCCUAAAGCGAUCUCAGUGGUAGCCAGCAUACUCGAGCACAUCCUUCCGAAGAAUCCAGACUCAAUCCUCGAUGCUCUUCAAGUGUCGACUUUGUCAACAAUACUAGACUCAAACAAGCGAGAUGAGGGUAAAGGAAAGUCUAAUGAAGUUAGCAUCAGUGUACCGCAAAUUCAUGUGAGACUCUGUAACGAAUCUUCCGUACGAACUGACUAUGGCGCCCACAUGGAGACGGAUCAAUACGACAUGUACAUCAGAAACCCUCAUCUUCUCCUGCGGAGCAAGUCCUUCCCGAGAUACGAGGCUGUCCCCGAAGUGAAGCGAUCUCUUUCUGUUCAUGCAACGUUUUCGGUCUUCGACCUCUCCAUUCGCCAGAAACAGAGCGGCAUUGAAUCAGACGACGUGGCCGUGUCUGCGCGUGUCAAUGAUUUCCUGCUUUGGAUAUCUCAAGCUAGGACCAACUCAAUCAACGUAACUGUUAAGUGUUGCGAGAUUGCUAAUGCUAGUAAACAGAUCAACUACCUAGCAUCAUUGAUACAUCGCACUGCAGUCCUUGCCACAGAGGUCGAAAAGAUAUUCUCAGACCUCGCUAGCAAUUGGCAAAGUCGACUUCGAUACAUGGUUUAUUACCUAAGUAACCGCGGGAAAGACGUACCCGAUCCUACUUUCCUCACCCGAGCUUCUUAUGUCGGGCGGGUCGGUCCCGAUCAUCUUCGCAAUUCAGAUUCGUGGAAGAUUCUAUCGCGGCUCCGCUUUAUCCUACAGAACUUAAGUCACAAUGAUUAUGAUCAACUAUCAUCUGCUUGUCGCGAUCAAGAGUUCAUCUACCCCGAGGACUCACCACAUGAGAUUAUAUCCCUUUGGGACCAGUGGAGAGCUUGGGAUCUGAAAUCAGUCAAGAAGAGUCUCGUUAUGCAAAAGCUUUACGGUCCCUUCCAGGACGUUACUGUGUUGGACGAAGCUGCCGAGCUGCCUCUAUAUAUCAACGUUAAAGCCGCCAUCAUCAAGGCAAUCAUCGAUCCGGGACCUAAACAAACAGACUUUUCAACUCAGCUCUUCUCUGCAGCAGUGAGAUCCGACCCGCCGCCUCCCCCUUCGGGUCUGCAUCUCGUAGAGCAAGAGUCGCGCAAAACAACCAUCCAAUUAAGCUCGAGAAACAUGAUGCUCAAGGUUAAUUGGGAGGUUUGCGAACUUAUAGAGAAGUUAUUGACGAUGUUCAAAAACAGCAGUGCACGAAACCCCCAAAAAGAAACACGGGUCGUCUUAGGGCCCCCUAAUCCCGGGCCGUCGAAGGCGACCAAAAGCCGUCAUGAUUUUCAUCUGGUAUACGCCACAGAAAUCGCUAGCAUUGAGAUGGACUGCAUCAAUGUCAUGUUGACAUGCGCAUCUCAGGAUGUCAAAAUCUCACUAGCUGGGUACAAGGGUACGGAGUCCAAUCAAGGUGUAUUCGUCAGCGCCGUUGCCUCCGCCGAUAAUUCAGGGGCGCACCUUCGGUCACGUUCACGACUGCUUCUUCGCACCGAAGCUGAGUUCCCUUCCAUCUACAUAUCUCACCACGGAAAUCGCGAGACAGUGGACGAACUACGUAUUAUCGGUGCUUGUAAAGUCGCUGCCAUUGAACUGACAGAGGAGAUCCUUGGGCUGUUCGAAGUCGCGGAUGCUGUAUUAGUCGACGAAGCUGCCUUCGUGUUCCAGCAGAUUCAGAAAUUCCCGACAGAUAAUAAGGAGCAGUCGAAACUUGAUCAACGACGCUCGAACAUUCCUAAAUUAACUAUUGCACUGCUGAUGGACACAUACUACAUCGACGUCACUAUUCUCCCCACUCUGUCAUAUUCAAUCGCAGGCGGUAUAGGCCGCGUCUCCGUUUCUCCGCGCGUUGAUAAGGAGCUAGACCUCACCGUAGAGUUUGAUUUGAAUGGCCACAAGCACAGCUUUUACAACAAGGAGACUAGUGAGUCGACAAUAAUCACUUCACUGGAUAUUCCUGCAGUCAAUGGCCGCCUCAAGAUAACGCAAGACGACGAUAUAACAAAACUGAGUUUGAUCAGCACUUUAGACAUGGUUACCUUCGAAGCUUCCUCAAUCCAUGGCCUACUGAACAUUGCCAAAGACCCCGAAAUGUCUCGCCUUACACACGCAAUUCAAGAAGACGCUGAAGUGUUACGAGGUCACUUCAAGGAGAUCUUUCCCAAAGAGAAAGAUACUUAUACCGUCAAGGCUCCAAAAUCAGGGUCUUUCAUCUACUAUGUGAAGCUGACCAUGGCCGGGCUACAAAUUGUCGCCAAUGCUCCUACACAGUAUGCCAUUUCUACCACUGCAGCACUCGUGAUAGGCAUGGAGGACAUGCAAUUAAACGUGUCGAACAUCUCUGCAAAGGAUAGUCUCAUUCUCGUUCUACCAGACGUGGCAGCUGACGUGAGGCGAGUGGGUGUCAGUCUAGCGCUCUCCAACGAAGAGAUUUGCCAACGCUCGGGCAAUGUCACACUUGGUGUCAAUAUUCGAGUCACUUCCGCUGAUCCCUCAAAUAUAAAUGCGAAGCGUGUCAUUCGUGUUUCCAGUUCAAAUCUUGAUGUCAACAUCUAUGCCGAAACGGCCUCGGCUAUGGUGGAUGUCAUGAACCAUCUUCAGGAUAGGCUCAAAGACAUCGAUCUGUCGCGACAGAGGAAGUACUUCCGACGACUACAUCGAUCAAAAUUUCCACGAUCCUCCUCCGCCAUCAUCGCAACGUCGGCUCAGGAAGAAGGGGAAGAGCGAGUCAAAACCGCCGGCGUGUUCACGUCGACUUAUUCUCUCGAGCUGAACGAAAUUCAGGUCAGUUGGGUAGUGGGACAUUCUUCGCCGAGAUAUGGAAACCGAGAGCCUGAGGAUCUCGUUCUCUCAUUUCGACGGAUAGAUCUGUCAACAAGGGCCGAGGACAAGGCUCGGCUAAUGAUUGAAGACAUGCAACUUCAAAUGGUCCCUCCAUCAUUUGGGAAGAAAAAGCGGUCCUUGAACUCAGCCCUGCUUCCCGAGGUCGUAUUCAACGUCGCCUACAGCUCAUCUCAAGAUGCCCGCAAACUUGCAUUCCAAGCAGCUGGAAAGUCCCUGGAUCUUCAAUUAGAAUCGAAGUUUAUCAUCCCAGCAAAAUGCCUGCACCAGUCUAUAACACUGGCGACCGAAAAAUUUCGAGCAGCAACUUCUAGCUGGCAGAAGACGCCCACCGUCAGCGGAGCGGAGCGCAAGAACCCCUUCGGUAACAAACGCUUGUCAUCACUCCUAGUAGAUGCCGACUUCGCUGGUGCAGUGGUCCAUCUCCGAGCCGCUUCAUACCAGGAACACCAGUCACCACAAGCUCAUGCACGAGAAAAUCCUGGGCAGCAAAAGGGCAAAUAUGGCCAAUUUGUGACAGAGGACUCAGCAGCUAGCACGUCACUCCGGGCCCCCGGUGUUGCGCUCAAAGCAGAGUUCACCGACGACGGUGGGAAGCAUCCGUCACUGAAUGUUGAACUCAAAGUCGAUGCUUCCAAUAAUGCGCUCUACCCUAGUGUAGUGCCUUUAAUCGUUGACAUAUCAAAUGCGGUCAAGCAGGUUGUGCAGGACAAAGACAACGAUGGCGCAAAGGAGAACGUUUUGGGAAAGGCAAAGCCAGCUGGAUCGAAAUUGAUCGAUGAGGAAAGCCUCAUGAAUGUGGAUCCCAGUACAUAUCUAGGGAAGACUCGCCUGAACUUUGGCUUUCGUAUUUGCAGACAAGAGUUUAGCCUCAGCUGCCAACCUAUUGCACGUGUAGCAGCCUCCGCACGACUUGACGAGAUUUACAUGACCAUGAGCAGUGUGAAAACGAAAGACCAUGGCCACUUCUUCGCCAUUACUGGCGCAUUUGAGAAAUUGCAAGCCUCUGUUCAACAUGUUUAUUCGAAAGAGUCGACCUUCAGUUUCAAAGUCGAUUCGGUCCAUCUGUCAGUGAUGAACAGUAAACAUCUGAGUGGCAGGUCAGGAGUAUCGGCAAUUCUGAAAAUAAAUCCCACCCGGACACAGAUCAAUGCGCGACAAUUACAGGACUUUCUACUCUUUCGCGAGAUAUGGGUGCCACCAGAAAUUCGACAAGAGGCUCACCAAACACCUUCAGCUCCGUCCACCGAACCUCAAGAGUAUCUGGUUCAGCGCUAUCACCAGGUCGCAUCUGCCGCUGCAUUCCCAUGGAACGCUACCUUUGCCAUCGCUGAGAUGGCAGUCGAACUUGACCUAGGUCAAGCAAUAGGGAAGUCAUCACUUACCAUCUCUAAUAUGUGGGCGUCAUCCAAAAAGAACUCAGAUUGGGAACAGAACCUUUGCAUUGGGGUGGAUAGAGUCGGAAUCAAAUCAACGGGCAGAAUGAACGGCAACGUCGACUUGACAAACGUCAAGGUGCGUACGUCGAUCCGCUGGCCCGAACAGCAGGAGGCACCUCGUCAAACUCCAUUCAUUCAAGCUUCUGCUGGCUUCGGAAGGUUGAACGCCAAGAUUGGAUUCGAUUAUCAAGUGUUCGCCGUUGCCGACAUAUCUGACUUUGAGUUUCUUAUGUAUAAUGUACGCCAGGGCGUAGAGCGAGAUCGCCUUGUUGCUAUCCUGGACGGUGAUAGGGUCCAAGUAUUCCUGACAUCAACGAGCUCAGCCCAAGUCGUCGCAUUAUAUCAAGCUAUUCAACGCCUGGUUCAGGAGAACCAAUCUGCUUACGAGCAGUCUCUAAAGGAUAUCGAGCGUUUCCUACGGCGAAAGUCCGCAGUCUUGCCAGGACCAUUGCUUGCUCCGCAAGCGCCGAGCUCAUCUGAGGAAGAACAUAAUGCCGAUAACGCGCCUAAAGCCCCUAUCUCGCUAGGAACCGACGUAGUUGUGACAUUGAAGAAACUCACGUUUGGCGCCUUUCCGAGCUCUUUGACAGACAGCCAAGUCCUUAGUCUCGAAGCUUCCGACACGCAGGCUCGUUUCGCUACUGCACUCACCGAAGAUCCCCUCAAAGGUGCCCAAGUUCAUAGCGUCCUAGGUCUGACUCUCGGUCGCCUCAGCGUUGCCCUCGCUGCCAUCGCACAGACUUCGAAGAAGGAUACGCCUGUCGACAUCACGGUCGAGUACAUCGUCAACAGCGUCGCUGGUGCUCGCGGCGGCACUAUUUUGCGCGUCCCUAAAGUCCUCGCUACUAUGCAGACCUGGCAGAUCCCUAACACGAAUACCAUCGAAUACCAGUUCAAAUCCUCUUUUGAAGGCAAAGUCGACGUAGGCUGGAACUAUUCGCGGAUAAGCUAUAUCCGUAAUAUGUGGAGUGCACACACGCGUGCCUUGGCAUCACGACUUGGUAAGCCAUUGCCGGAACCAGCUGUAAAGAUAUCGGCACCAAAGGAAAGACCAGAAACAGCGCAAGAUCGCGAGAAAGCGAAAAUCACAGCCGUCGUGGACGUUCCACAGAGCAGAUACGAGUAUGCACCGCUAGGCGAAGUGGUUAUCGAGACACCUCAAUUGAGGGAUAUGGGCGAGGCGACACCUCCGCUGGAAUGGAUUGGACUACAUCGUGAUCGGCUACCCAAUGUGACCCAUCAAAUUGUUAUUGUGCCGUUAUUGGAGAUUGCGAGAGAGGUGGAGGAUGCGUAUCAAAGGAUCUUGGGGACGAGUUGACGGCAUGCAUAAGUGCACGUAUGCAUGAUGUUUAGUAAUGACCAAUGUGCUCAAUAUUGAUAGGUAGUAUUGACUCUAGGGAUCUGUAUCCUGUAAUUCCUCGACCAAUAAAGAGGGUACAAUGAGCUAUUCGGCGUUAUACUUUACGCGAGGUCUCCCAAAAUAUCUUUAUAGGUCUGUCUAUUACCAAAAAGCUUCUCUUCAUCCUUUAGACG